GGCGGCGGGCACCGAGUCACCAGGCACAACCGUGGGCUCCGAGUCAACUGGGAUGACCGCUUGCACUGGGUCAGACAUUGGAUCGUCUGGCUGGACAGCAGGCAUCGGGUCACCAGGCAUCAGGUCAUUUGGCUCGACAGCGGGGCACCGCGUCAUCUGGCAAGGCAGUGGGCUCCGAGUCAACUGGUAUGGACCGCGGGCACUGGGUCAGACAUUGGAUCGUCUGGCUGGACAGCGGGCACUGGGUCACCAGGCAUCAGGUCAUUUGGCUCGACAGCGGGCACCGCGUCAUCUGGCAAGGCAGUGGGCUCCGAGUCAACAGGCACGACAGUGAGCACCGGGUCAUCAGGUACCACGGAUUUGUCUGGCUCGACAGCGCGGCAUCGGGUCACCAGGCAUCAGGUCAUUUGGCUCGACAGCGGGCACCGGAUCAGGUAACCGGAUCAUCUGGAUCAACAGCGGGCAUCAUCCGUAGGUUUAGUCAACUGGCCUAAUAGGAUCGUCAGGCUGGAUCAGUUCAUCAUGCUGGGUAGAGAGGCAUCAGG